AUGGAUCGCAGCAACACGUUUUCCUUUUCGUUCCUUUUGUUAACCCUGUUGUUGGGGUUUCACGCGUUCCUCGCUUCUGCUCAGGUCGAGGACGAUGUUAGAUGUCUCCGUGGUAUCAAAGAAGCCGUUUCGGAUACACAGGGCCACCUCGACACGUGGCGAUUCGAUAACACCACCGUGGGUUUCAUCUGCGACUUCGUGGGUGUGUCUUGCUGGAACCAAAGAGAGAACCGGGUCUUGGGUUUGGACCUCGAACAGUUUAAACUUUCGGGUCGGAUCCCCGAGGCUUUGAAGUACUGUGGGAAGAGCAUUCAAAGGUUGGAUCUAGCUUCAAAUUCUUUCUCCUCCGAGAUCCCAUACGAGAUCUGUAAUUGGAUGCCGUUUUUGGUUUCUAUAGAUUUGUCUGGUAAUCAACUCUCUGGGCCUAUUCCUCCCACACUUGGGAAUUGUUCAUAUUUGAAUGAGUUGGUAUUGUCAGAUAAUCAGCUUUCUGGGUUAAUUCCCUUUGAGUUUGGGAGUUUGGGUAGGCUCAAGAAGUUUUCUGUGGCCAAUAAUAGGCUUACUGGAACAAUUCCUGAGUUUUUCCAUGGGUUUGAUAGGGAGGGUUUUGAGGGGAAUAGUGGGUUAUGUGGGGCUCCUCUUGGAUCCAAGUGUGGUGGGAUGAGUAAGAAGAAUCUUGCUAUUAUUAUUGCUGCUGGGGUUUUUGGUGCUGCUGCUUCAUUGCUACUGGCUUUUGGCCUGUGGUGGUGGUACCACUUGAGUGGGAAGAGGAAGAAGAAGGGGUAUGGGGUUGGUUCUAGUGCGGGUGUUGCUGCUGCUGCUGGUGAUUGGGCUUUGAGGUUAAGAGGUUAUAAGCUUGUGCAAGUUAGUCUCUUUCAGAAGCCUAUAGUGAAGGUGAAGUUGGGGGAUUUGAUGGCUGCUACUAAUAAUUUCAGCGGGGAGAAUGUUCUUUUUGCGACGAGGACCGGGACAACGUAUAAGGCUGAUCUUCCAGAUGGUUCCACCCUCGCGGUGAAGCGGUUGAGUGCAUGUAGGAUUGGGGAGAAGCAGUUUGGGAUGGAGAUGAACAGGUUGGGGCAGGUUAGGCACCCGAAUUUAGCUCCUCUGUUGGGGUACUGUGUUGUGGAGGACGAGAAGUUGUUGGUUUACAAGCACAUGUCUAAUGGGACGUUGUAUUCGUUGUUGCACAAGAAUGGUGGGGUGUUGGAUUGGUUGAUGAGGUUUAGGAUUGGGUUGGGUGCAGCGAGGGGGCUUGCCUGGUUGCACCAUGGCUGCCACCCGCCCAUUAUACAGCAGAACAUUUGCUCCAAUGUGAUUCUUGUUGAUGAGGAGUUUGAUGCUCGGUUGAUGGACUUUGGGCUAGCAAGGCUCAUGGCUUCGGACUCAAAUGGAAGUUUUGUGAAUGGAGAUUUGGGGGAGCUCGGUUACAUCGCCCCGGAGUAUCCGAGUACUUUGGUUGCUUCAUUGAAAGGGGAUGUGUAUGGGUUUGGUGUUUUGCUUUUGGAGUUGGUGACCGGGAGAAAACCGCUUGAUGUGAGCAAUGGGGAGGAAGAGUUCAAGGGUAGCUUGGUGGAUUGGGUGAACAUGCAUUCUAGUUUGGGGAGGAUCAAGGAUUGCAUUGAUAAAACCAUAUGUGGAAGAGGGCAUGAUGAAGAGAUUCUGCAGUUUCUGAAAGUUGCCUUGAAUUGUGUGGUUUCUCGCCCCAAGGAUAGGUGGUCUAUGUACCAGGUUUAUCAUUCCUUAAAGACCAUAGCUAAAGACCAGAGUUUCUUUGAUCAUGAUGAUGACUUUCCAUUGAUCUUUGGUAAGCCAGAAAGUGAGGCAGCGUAG